AGCCGAGUGCGGGCCAGUGUGCAGACGACAAGCGCAGCAGACGGCCGUACUACAGCCACUACAGCCUAGUUUGAUAAACCUGUGAGGCGUUGCGGAGCUUCCGAGUAGGAUUCGGCAUUAAAUCCCCGUUAUGUCUAACGACAGAAGGGAGAACUCCGGUGCUGCCAGGUCAUCGCGUGUCGUCAGUCUCCUGGAAAGUGCUGAAGCGGAGCGUGCGGUCGUGGAACAGUAUUUGCGGUCGCUGGAAACGCACUGCUCAGAGAAUCUGAGAAAUGAAAUCUUGAGCGUGGCAAAUGAACUUGCUGCUCUGAAAACACGACACAUCAGUGCUUUAGAUGAACUUGACGCAUUGAAGGCUGCGACUGACACCCUCCAGACUCAAUGUGAACAGUUCGUGAAAGCAAAUGAAGGAGUUUCUACGAGGAUUACGGAACUUUCAACAAAAAUUCGUCAGGAAAGGGCUUCAAGACUUGAGAAAUUAACCAGUUUUGAGCAGUAUAUCAAUGGAACUUGUAACGCGUUGGAAAAAAUUGUGUGGACUCCAGAGACGCAUGAAAAGCUGGCAGAAACCCUGAGGAUUCAAAUGCCUGAGCUAGAGCAGCAUUGUGCAUACUUGGAUUCACGUCUAGAGAGCAAGAGGGCUGAGCUGGACCAGUUGCAAGGACAGAGCACUAACAACUGCUCGGCAGAAGAUGCCACAUUUGGACCUGAGGAGCAGCAAGCAAUCCUACAAAUCUUCAGAGAAGAGGUCAGCAAAUAUGAGACUACGCGUAGGCGUCUUGCACUGCAGAAGCACGAUUUGAAGGAAGAGAUUGAUCGUCUUUCACGUAGGGAGUAGUUAGCUCACCAGAAAUCACCAUGCCCAACAUGCCAAAGAGCCUGUGAUAACAGCCACGAAUCACACAUACCUGGUGUACCUUAAUUUAUAUUCAUAUACAUGACCUUGCUGAACUAUUUUACUUUCUAUAGAUUGAUGUAGCACUCAACUGUUGUUUUACUGUGAGUCAUGGCAAAUUAACAUGAUGAAUGAAAUAAAACAUUCCAGCAAA